AUGGAUGAAACCAAGUUCGGUAUUCUCCCAAAAACGGGUGAUUCACAUACAAUUGUGACCCUUGGAAUUGGGCAUGAUACGAAAGCUGAAGAAAAACUGGCAAAGAUUAUGCCGAAUUCAACAGAAUUUUAUGGAGCCGAUCCAGACAGUGUUAUAAAUCAACAACUUUAUUCCAAAUUUGGAACAUUUUUACCAUUUGCGGUUGGCGCGAAGUCUGGAAUUUCAGAGGCUGUGAUUUUGGAAAAAGAUGGAAAAAACUAUUCGAACAAAACUGUAGUUCAUCUCGUUGAUAAUCUUUGGAUCGAUGUCGAAUAUACAGAGUUUGAACUUUUUGAGAUGUUCCGAAAAGGAGGCCAAUUGGAUAAAAACAAUAUAACAAUUUGUCAGUUUAAUAUCGAGGUUCAUCCGCCGCAAUCGGAUAUUCACAAACAGCAAUUCCAACAAUUCGUUUUUGAUAUUAUUCAAGAUCAGAAUUUACAAUCAUUUCCAAUAUUAAAUUUCACCAAUCGCGACGAGACCAAAUAUGCAAUUCUUCCAAAAAAUAGCUCCGAUAGCAAUCUUGUAGUAACUCUUGGAAUUGGACACGACACAAAUGCUGAAGAAAAAUAUGUCAAGAUUCUUCCUGCGGAUAGCACGAAAUUCUACGGGGUAGAUCCGAGCGUUGAAAUCAAUCGGGAUCUUUACUCGAAAUUUGGAACAUAUUUGCCAAUUGCAAUCGGAGUCAAAUCUGGAAUUACUGAAGCAUUAACAUUGGGACCACAAAGAAGAUCAUAUGCAUGGAGAACUGUUCUUCACAUUGGCAUCACAACGUUUUUCAAAGAUAUCAUCCAAAAAACGUUUAUCGAUCAUUUGUGGAUGGAUGUUGAAUACGGAGAGUUCGAUCUUUUUCAACUGUUUCGAGUAGGCGACGAGCUUGAUCAGAAUGGAAUAACUAUCUGUCAGUUUAAUGUCGAGGUUCAUCCUCCAAGAACUGAUGAUGUCUUAAAACAAAAGUUCCAAAAUCACAUAGUCGGAUUUGUUGAAGAUCGCCGAUAUUUAUUUUUCAAAAUCACCGGUGGCUGGACAUUUUAUCAAGUCAUGCAACGGAUUAUUGUAAUCUUGCUCCUUGUAAUUGCGAUUGCUCACAAAAUCGCGACUACCGAUUCUAAGGAUUCCGAUUGCACUGUUACCGAUGGAUUUAUGGCAAUCUCGUGCCUCUUGAAAGUGAGCGAGUUUACAGACAAAAUCAAUACACUCGAUUUUGACAACAGGAAUGAUGUAGACGAGUUCCAAAAAUCAUGCGCAUCACUUCAAGAUUGUGUGAAAUCCUUGAAAUGCAAAAGAAAUAUCGCUGAUGGCGUUUUGAAGUCAAUCAAAGCGUACUGUGAGGCAGUUGAUUUUGUGUCGAUUGAAUUCGCCAAUUGCACCAAAAAGAUAGAAGCGAAAAGUGCAAAGUGUUUUGACGAAUGGGAUCCGUUUCCGGAUGUGAAGAAGGAGGAAAAUGCGCCGCUGCCUGUCUGCAAAGAUUUGUUCGGAAAAGACAAUUGCAUGAAGAAGGAAAUCACAGAAGUAUGCGGAACGGCAGAUUGGGAGGGCUUCUAUGCGACGUUCACUUCAUUGGCAAAAACGAUGAAUCAAUGCACACCACCAGUCAUUUGA